UCAGUGAUCAGGAGCACCAGCUUUUCCAGCAAAAGGGAUCUAUUUUUGGUAAAGCGUUCCCUCUUACCAAACUAAGUUUCCUCGUUUCUCGUAUGAUACUCGAUGCAUCAUGACUGUAAACAGUAGGAGAAGGCAGAGUACCGACGACAUUUGAAUGUCCUCAGAUCCCAUUAAUCUGUUCUUUGUUUAUUAACAAAUGGCGCUCAUUCGGACAGCGUUUACCUUUGAGUAAUCUAGCAAAUAGAGGCUUGUUAUGCAAAUCAUCCCGUAUUUUUAAACCGGAAUCCCCAGGGAAUUUUAAAAUUAUUUAAAGUCUAUUCUGAUUGUCUAAUAUAAGGGGGAAAAAGUGCUUUCUGCAAUUCCCAACCACCUACGAGCUACCGAUGGCAAGGCUGAUUACAAACCAUUCUUUUACUUUCAUUAAAGGAAGUAGCCCACAGACCUUAUCUCUGGCAGUCCUCUGCCUGGUUCCUGUAGCUUCCCCGAAAGUAAGACUCUCUGUUUCUUUGAAAGGGUGUGUUACUGAGAGUGUAUUGGGGGGAGGAGGGGGAAGAAGGCGAGGGGGGGCGUUGUAUUAUUUUGCAGAAAAGGGGAACAAAAUCUCUCCCCUCAAAUCCAGGUUUGAAGACUCGGUGUGCUCCAAACCGCUGCAGCAAAAUGAAUUUCAUUCACUCCGGAGGAAAAUCUCGGCGACGUUGCUCUAGACACUGGGAACUCACAAGUGACAAGUCGCCUGUGGGGAAGCAGCACCAGGCGAGGGAGGAUAGUUAAUUUGAGUCACUGUUACGAAUACCGAGUCUCUCGGAGGCUUUUCUGUUUGAUUAAAGGCGCCAGUAUCACUACAUCUUAGAAUGUCUGAACUGGAAAGUAUCACAGAAGUAAUCUGAGCUAAUCCACUCAAUUGGCAGGCGGGGAAACUGAGGUCUAGAGAGACGUGAUUUGUUCAAGCUACACAGCUUGGGAGGGCAGGGACCAGAAAAUGCAAACCUUUUGAACCUUAAACUGCGUGGUAACGCUCCACCAGGCUCCUCAUUCAUACAAACACUAUUUCUGGAGUGUUUUCUACUGGAUUUAAGCACUGCGUGUGGGCAAGUUCCAUAAGUUCCCCGUGCUGAGGGAGGAGGCGUAAUAGUUGAGUUCAAAUCGGAACUCUUUAAACCGUAAGAGUUUGGGUAUGUCACUCAAGGCCUCCUAGAAUCUGUGCUUCUUGAAGGUCUCGUCCGAGGGGGCAGCUUGGAAGCCGAGCAGGUGUGACCCCGCAGUGAACCUGUGCCCGCCGAACCCGCGGAGAGGAACGGAGAGCCGGCUGCGGCUGCAGGAGCAGGGGCGGCAGGGAUAACGGCGGAGGGACGAUGCCUCGGUCUUUCCUCGUGAAGAGCAAGAAGGCUCACAGCUACCACCAGCCGCGCUCCCAGGACCAGGACUACGAGCUCCGCUUGGAGAAUGUGCUGGCGCGGAUCUGUGCAGACAGCAAGAGGCCGGGGGACUCGAGUCCCGGCCCUUCUGAGCCUGAGCCCCAAGCACCGAUCUCUCCAGAGUCCCAACUGACGGAGGCUCCAGACGCCGUCUCAGUGUCUCCAGCCAGCUGUGAGGGCAGCGUCUGCGAUAGGAGCUCGGAGUUCGAGGAUUUCUGGAGGCCCCCAUCGCCUUCCGCAUCUCCAGCUUCCGAGAAGUCCGUGUGCCCCUCCCUGGACGAAGCGCAGCCUUUCCCGGUGCCCUUCAAGCCCUACACGUGGAACAGCCUGGCGGGCUCCGAUGCCGCCCUGAGGCAUCUGGUGCAGAGCUACCGGCCUUGCCAUGCCCUGGAGCGGGGCGCCGGCCUGGGCCUCUUUGGCGAACGGAACCCAGAGCCGGGCGCUGCGGCCGCCCUCUACGGCCCGGAACGAGGCUGUGGCGGCGGGGCCUCGGAGGGCAGCGGCGGCGGGGGCAGCGGCGGCUCCGCCCUGGGCCUCUAUAGGGACUUUGGUCCUGCUGCGGUGGCGGCGGCGGCGGCGCGCCUCUACGAGCGACCGUCGGCAGCGGGAGGACUCUACCCGGACAAGGGCUCGGGCAUCAAGGUGGAGUCGGAGCUGCUCUGCACUCGCCUCUUGCUUAACAACGGCUCCUAUAAGUGUAUCAAGUGCAGCAAGGUGUUCUCCACUCCCCACGGCCUCGAGGUGCACGUGCGCAGGUCCCACAGUGGCACGAGACCCUUUGCGUGCGAGAUGUGCGGGAAGACGUUCGGGCACGCGGUCAGCCUGGAGCAGCAUAAAGCGGUGCAUUCGCAGGAACGAAGUUUUGAUUGUAAGAUCUGUGGUAAAAGCUUCAAGAGAUCCUCCACCCUCUCCACUCACCUGCUCAUCCACUCAGACACCCGGCCCUACCCUUGUCAGUAUUGUGGGAAGAGGUUCCAUCAAAAGUCGGACAUGAAGAAACACACCUUUAUCCAUACAGGUGAGAAGCCCCACAAAUGCCAGGUGUGUGGCAAAGCGUUCAGCCAGAGCUCUAAUCUCAUCACUCACAGCCGGAAGCACACUGGCUUUAAGCCCUUUGGUUGUGACCUGUGUGGGAAAGGCUUCCAGCGAAAGGUGGAUCUCCGGAGGCACAGGGAGACGCAGCAUGGGCUGAAAUGAGUCCAAGCCAGGAUGCCAAAGCAUCAGUCAACACUAUCGGGACCCUGCUUUUUCUGUUUCAUUCACCCUCAGGUUCCUGCAUCCCAUUUCUACCCCUCCACUUCUACUUUUCUUGUGAAUCGGAGAUGUAAGGACUUCUUACUUCUCUCAAGUCUCCAGAAGGAAUAGCAGCAGCUUUAAAUAUAUAUAUAUAUUUCGACCCAAAGUGGAAGUUAAAGGACGUGGCGUGUCUUGGAAAUACUGGACAAGUUUGUAUUCCUGAAUCCUCAGACCCAAGCUGGGAUCAGACGGCUUCAGCCACCUCUGCUUACUCCAUAGGCAACUUGACCCUUCCACCAAGCUAAGAAGUCCUCUAGCUAGAAUCUGAGCCCUUUCCUCCACCUUUCUCCUGACCAUUUGAUUAAUAUUUGAGUACUCGAAGGAUACCCAGCUCAUAAAUCAGAAUUAUUUUAGUGGUUUUAAAGGAAAGGUGAAAGAGAGGGGCUUUAUUGCUAUUUUUUCUUCCUUGGAGUUUUUCAAGAACCCUAUGUCAUUGUAAGGCUAUUAAGCUAUCUAGACUGACUGUGCACUUGCAGAUUUGUUGAGACGUGGAAAUGAUUCCUACUGCAACUCACAAAACCAUAAGCUUUACCAAGUAUACCUGUGGCAGGUUAGGCAGGAGAAAAGAAAGAGAAUAUGACAUUUAUCUAAAUGAAGUUUGAAUGUUUCCCUUUGGGAAAACAAUGGAUUAAGGGUUUGCCAACAUAAGCUGAAGAACAGAACAGUGUCUUACUACUAGAGGGUCAUCUCCUGAGCAGAUAUCUACUAAGUACCCCCUGUAUCUGAACUACGGCAUCGUGGAGGGUGUCAAGCUGAGCAGUACAAAAUCCUGGCUCUCAAAUGAUCUUGUGAUAAAGAACAGGAUUGGCCACGACCAUUGCCAUGCCCUGAGAAAGGGGGCAGUGACUGAAAGAAGUUCCAGAGGGCACUACUGGCUUUUCUAAAGACACUCUUGGGAAAGUAGCUGAAAGAAUAUUUCAGACAUGUUUGUAACUAGUUUUUUUUGUUGUUAUUAUUUGUUUGUUUGUUUUUUUUUAAUUCUUAAGCCCUUAUUUGUUAAAACCUCUGGACCUACAGACAUGUGUGGACUCUGCUUUAAACACACUUGCAUGUACCUUAGAGGAAAACAAUGACUUUGACAAAGUUUGUCUGUAGCUGUUAUGGAGUGGAUUAUGUUUAUUGAUACAUAUUUAUUAGAGUAAAAUUUUAAGUUAAUAAAGUAUUGAGAAUGGA